GAAUGAGUUGGACUCGGAGGCAUCAUGGCGGAGUGCGGGGCGGCUGCCUGAGGCUGUGGCCUCAAGGAGGCUCAAGGUGCAGGGAGGCUGGGUUGGAGAGGCGGCAGGAUGGCUGCUAGGAGUGCCUUGAGAGGACGUCCUCUCCUUGGAAUUGGGGCAGUUUAUGCGGUAGGGAUAAAUGCCGGUGCAGCCGCCACAUUCUGGUACGAUAAAGAAUGUGCCAAGCGGAAACAAUGGAGAGUCAGUGAGAAUGCACUGUGUCUGACGGCAGCUCUUGGUGGCUGGAUUGGUGGUAUGUGGGCUAUGCAACAGUUUCGUCACAAAACGCAAAAGAAAAGUUUCCAGGAGAAAUAUUACGCAUCAGUAGCAGGCAAUGUAGCUGCCCUGACGCUGGGAUCUAGAACUGUCUAUGGGAAACGACUCUUGGCUACUCUCCUAAAGCGGUAGCAGUCAGGUUUGGAUUUGUGGCAAGGCGCCCAAAAGUUUGAGUUCAUCAAGGCUUGUGUAUACGGAGACAAGUUAGUCAACUUGAUAGUCCUUUCUGGUCACCCAUUUCCCUGGACCAAUGACCAUCAGCCCGAAUUUUCGACGUCAGUGUUGGUUAAGCAGACCGUCUUGCCUCAAUAGUCCAGCUCUAGGUCAAAGCAGUUCCUGACAUCAGCUACAUACAGCGCGCGAUUCGGCGGACGGCAUGUAUAGUUUUCCAGAGAUAACUUCGAACUAGUCACCGUGCAAGUCAUCCCCUCACUAUCGUGACAGUUUCAUCGGGUCUGCUCCCAUGUGAUACUAAAUACACGGUCGACGUCUGUCAUGCA